ACCUAAAAGAUAAGCUUCAAAACUAUGUCAGUGAUGUAAAUAGCAGGACAUAAUCUUCCCGAAAUCUUCGGUCCACUGUCCCGUUAAAUGCAAGGGUGAACUGUAGGCUCACCAGUCAGUCAUGGGGAGACAACUAGCAGCGGGUGUGUCCUUGGCUUUUCUUGCUCUGCUGGCCAGCGUCCAAGGGAAGACUGGUAAGUACUGAACAGCUUUCCAGCUAUCAAGAAAAUGUCUCUAGUCAAAAUAAUGAAUACUAUAUACACAUGAAAGAAAAGUUUUAAAAAAAUAAAAUGUCCCUAAAUAGGUAGAUUCCAGCUGAAUGAUUACGACUAAAUUGAAACCCUAUACCCUAGAGCAGGCCCUCACAACUCAAAAUGUAAGGCGGGCCGUAACACUUAAUGAAAAACUUGUGUGGGCCAAAAGAAAUUAGGACAUGACUUGUGCGGGCCAAAAGAAUAUAGGACGGGGGAAAAAGCUAAUUAAGAAAAUAAUAAGAAUAAAGAGUAUUUGGUUACUUCGCGGGCCGCAAGGUGGGUGCUGGCGGGCCGUGUGGUGGUUGCUGGUGGGCCGUGUGGUGGGUGCUGGCGGGCCGUGUGGUGUGCGGUCCUGCCAUACAAGAUUCAAAGAUUUACAUUAAUUUCAAAGAAGAAUUAACGCAAGAAGGAAAUAAAAACGGUUAUUUACAUUUAAAGUCUAACUAACUAACUAACUAACUAACUAUAACUAACUGACUAACUAACUAACUAUAACUAACUGACUAACUAACUAACUAUAACUAACUGACUAACUAACUAACUAACUAACUAACUAACUAACUAACUAUAACUAACUGACUGACUAACUAACUAACUAUAACUAACUAACUAACUAACUAACUAACUAACUAACUAACUAACUAACUAACUAACUAACUAACUAUAACUAACUGACUAACUAACUAACUAACUAUAACUAACUGACUAACUAACUAACUAACUAACUAACUAAAUAUAACUAACUGACUAACUAACCCAGCUAGCUAACUAACUAGAUAACUAACUAAUUAACCAUUCGAUAUUCGAUAUUCGAUAAUAAGAAGAUUCGUAUAUAUUAAAAUACAUCCAACCCCCCCCCCCCCAACCACAAUCCACACUAAACAUAUUUUCAAAAUAAAAACAAAUAAAAAAAACCAAUGACAUCACCCUACCACGAUGAUUAUCAACCAUUCGGUUUGAUCUCAGACUCAGAUUCAAUAUUUCUAUAGAUCUACUACAAAGCGUGUGUUUAAUUGUUUCUCAAGUAGUCGUUUAAGUAUUUGCCCGGUGGGAAAGUCAUUAAAAAGCUCAUGUCGCAGCCUGAACAGUUCGCUUCAUCAACUUUUGUUGUUGUACAUACCAUAAUAUCGCAGCAUGGGAAAUAUUUUGUAAUCUCCAGUCCUCCGUAAUUAAAAUGCAGUAGUUGGCUAUUUAGUUAUUUAUGGUCUCAAUAGCGACUGGCCACGUAGAGCGACGGCAGAGCAAUGAGGGUAUCAGGUAGUGGUUCUCACGAUAUGCAGGUGGCGUUCAAGUUUCUGUAACUUAAGUUCUUUACUUUAAGUCAAGUGGUGAUGUGGGUCAGUGGAUGGGGAGUCGUGCAAACAAUGUGAUAGGGAAGUAAAGUUGAUUUAUACACAUUUUUUUUAAAAAGCUAUCUUAGGUUCAAAUUUUAAAUUCAGUCUCACCCAUUGUUAUGGUAUGGCCGGUGUACUUCAGCCAACACUUGUCUCCCCACUUUUUUAAUAUAUAGGGCCUAUAUUGACCUCGCCAAUAAUAUGUAUGGCGGUGUACCAACCCCACCCUCCAUUGAUUGGGAAAAGGUUGUUUACGUUCUAUUUGCUCUAAAAAAAUGAUAAUUUAUGAAUUUUAAAAUAUUUUUUAAAAAAAUAAGAUGAUAAGACCACGUGCAACUGAAUUAUAUUUGAGAAUAUUGAAAAUUGUGCAACAUUUUUUUUGUAAAGUCUGAGAUGAGUUUAUGGGUUUAUGGUAAAGAAUUUAUGGUAAGGGUUAUUAGGCAAACAUCGCAUCAUACCAGAGUUAUUAGGCAAACAUUGUAUCAUACCAGAGUUAUAAGGCAAACAUUGCAUCAUACCAGAGUUAUUAGGCAAACAUUGUAAUUUUUAAACCAUAUGAUUUGAUAGCGAUGAACGCUUCUAGCUUGCGACGUGUUUCGUUUCUGCAGAUUUGGUGAGUCGGGAAGCGGUCCUCACAGCUAAGAUCCUCCACUUGUACAAAUCUAACAAAACCUACGCCACGCAGUUCGACAAGGUUUUCGGUGCCAAGCCCAACCUUUACAAAGUAGGUCAAGGUUAAUGUAUACAAUUUAGAUUCUUAGAGACCAGUCCCUUACGCGUAUUCUCACACUUUAUGGAUGGUGCAGGAUCCGCCUCUACUGCAGUGAGUUAUGAGAUUUGAUUUAGAAUCCCUGAUGACAAUACAAAUGUGUCCCUUUUUUUCCCUUCAGAAUGUCGAUGCCAGUUUCCCCUGCCCUGGACUCAACCCAUCACCAACAGCACCUACCUCAGGUUUGUGCAGAGGCGUAGCGAGGGUGUUUGGCGCCUGGGGACAAGAUUCGCGCCCGGGGACUAGAUCCAUUUUAAAGCGCGCCCUUUUUAUUUUUUUCAACUCUCAAACCCAUUAUUUUCAUCAAUAAAAUAAUAUCAAAGCACAAUUUGGUGCCCCUAACUAGCUGGCGCCCGGGGAGAUCUGCCCCCCCCCCUGCCACCCCCUCGCUACGCCUCUGGGUUUGUGUACACGGUCUUGAGUUACUGACAUACAUAUUCGUGAAAUAGUUCGUGAGUUAAGUACUGUCAACUGAGCUCAAUGUAUUCCUACUCUAGUUGGAACUCAGUGUAUGCCUACCCUUUUAAAAAAAAAAAAAACUCAGUGUAUUCCUACCAUAAGUCGAACACGUGGAAAAAUCGAUAUAUUUAAGAGCAAAAAUAUAUCCAUUCUUGUGUUCGCAAAAAUAAAUUAUUAUUUAAGCUUUUUCUCAAAUGUAAUUAAAGGUCAGGAAUUUAAUUUAGUAACAUUGUUUACACGUCUUGAAAAUUAAUUGAUCGUCAUAAAUAUUUGUGGAGAUAUCAAAUUUAUGUUUCUAGACGCUUGCAGAUCAUACACAUAAUCUAUACAUACAUGCUUAAAUAACAAGUUGAAGCUGCAUAGAUAAUAAUUUUAAAAAAAUAAUACACAUUUAGUGUACAUGUUUAUUGUGUCUCAUCUGUCUCUAUUAAAUGUGUAAGUCUCUCCUCUCUCCCAUUCGCUUCUGUUCCCGCCACCUCCAGUUCACACCCUGAGACCGGCAGACGUGAAAGUGGUUGCGGCCCUUGGUGAUUCCUUAACCGUAAGUAGUAUCCCUUCUACCAGUUCAAAGUUGACCAGAUCGUGAAAGACUUCCUGUUAUAAUUAUUACUAAGACUUUAACCCCACCAGUGUUAACCACUGUUCUAUAUCUAAUAUAAUAUGUCUAAUCAGUGUCCUUUUAGCCACAUGAUAUUUAUUUUUAAUCCAUUUGGGGUAAUUAUUCGUCGAACUCCAUUGCUAAACUGUAGUCUACAACAAAUAAAAAAGUUGCUUUGUCUGUUCUACAAACUGAGACUCUUUCAACCGACAGUUACGGUCUUGUAAAAUAUCAAAUUUUCAACCGACGUUUUCGAAGUUAUCAAAUAUGAUGUCAGCCUGACCUUGCUGUGUGGAGUAGGUUGGAAUAGAUCCUUAAUAAUAAUAACUAAUAUAACUGGACUCUGAAAACUGCUAAUUGCCCCAACUAAUAUGCAGAUCCCACUAAUAGACAGACACCACAAAUGGACAAAACCCACUAAUAGGCAGACACCACUAAUAGACCGACCCCACAAAUAGACAUAACCCACUAAUAGGCAGAAACAACAAAUAUACAUACCCCACUAAUUAGGCAGAAACAACACAUAGACAGACCCCUCUUAUAGACAGACCUCAAUAAUGGACAGACCCCACUAAUAGACAUACCCCACUAAUAGGCAGAUCCCACUAAUAUUCGAUAAUGAUGUCAUUGGUUUUUUUUUACUUUUUCCCAGGCUGGCAGGGGCGCUGAGGGUGGCAUCAUUGGUCUGCUCAUUGACUAUCGUGGCUUGUCUUGGAGGUAGGUCAUCAGGUCAAUACUUCUAGGAUUAUUUAGUAUUGUCGUCCUCCGCGUGCGCAGAUGACAAAGGCUACAUUUGAGUUAAAACUUUGUCCUGAGCUGUAGUUUGUUUAAAGCGGUGAAGAGCUGCACAAUCUUUCGGCCUCACACUCUAGUCCUCGCCUAUUUCAUCCGAUGGCAAGACUGAGUCGAGACGACUGGAAAUCGACCAGGAUGCAGUGGAUGACCAGCAGUGUGUGUUUAUGUGUGUGUUUCACUGUGCUCUUAUAUGCGCUCUACGUCACAGGAUUUGCUUACAUUUUCAUUGUAUCCAUUUCAUACCGCCUACGGCACUCCAUCUCCGGGUUUGAAUUCAGAGUUGGCCAUCUCUUAGAAUGUUACACGUGGCAUCAAAAGCUCUUGGCUAUAAAUAGACAGUUUUGUAGAUUACUUACAAUACUUGGACAAUCAAAUCAAUAAUUGAGAACUAUUUCCAUUUGUAAUUUUUAAACAAUGCCUUGUAAUCAACAGAUAUAAACAAUGACAUAUAUAUAUAUAUAUGUAUAUAUAUAUAUCUGCACGAAUAAUUUACGAUUUUGGCGCCCCCUUAGGGUGGCACCCUUUGCCGCCCUUUUGCUCAACCAUGCCUCUUUAAGAUAUUUGCCUUACAUAUUAUAUUAUUGGGGCAUUUUAUCAUACGCUCUAAUAAUUUCUCUAGUCAAUGCAGUUUACUCUUUGAGUUCUCAAGUCCUUGUAAUUUACCCUUUGCUUUUCAGCAUUGGAGGGGACAAGUCCUACCAGGACCUCAGGACUCUACCUAGUAAGUUCAAUUUUUUUUUUUUAAAUGCGUAGACUAACUGUUGGAAUAGCUUAAACAUGGCUGGUAUAGCUUACACGUUGCUGGUAUAGCUUACACGUGGCUGGUAUAGCUUACACGUGGCUGGUACAUGGCUGGUAUAGCUUACACAUGGCUGGUAUAGCUUGCAUAUGAAUGGUAUAGCUGACACAUGGCUGGCCAUCUGCAUCAAGAAUCAAGAAACGAUAUUGUCUUCAUCUGUAUGUGUGUAUGUAUGUGUUUGUAAGUGUGUAAGGGAGAUUAUUGUGUCAUAAGUCUAUUAUUUUCUCCUGUAAGAUAGUCAACUUUUCACAUAUAAGGGAUAUAAUAAGUAGAAGGUAUGAGGGCAUCUUAACCGUUCAACUAAUGUUUUGUUCGCCGAAGAAGGCUUCCCAUCGAUACGUUCUUUGCGUUAUUUGGUCUCAAACAUGACAGUCCAAACUUUUAACCUCCAGACAUUCUACGACAGUACAGCAACGGUCUUUUUGGCUAUUCUCAAGGAACAGGAACAGAUGACCCUGGCUUUAAUGUGGCCGUGAGUGGAGCCAAAUCAGGGUAAGAUAGCUGAGCCAAAUCAGGGUAAGAUAGCUGAGCCAAAUCAGGGUAAGAUAGCUGAGCCAAAUCAGGGUAAGAUAGCUGAACCAAAUCAGGGUAAGAUAGCUGAGCCAAAUCAGGGUAAGAUAGCUGAGCCAAAUCAGGGUAAGAUAGCUGAGCCAAAUCAGGGUAAGAUAGCUGAGCAAAAUCAGGGUAAGAUAGCUGAACCAAAUCAGGGUAAGAUAGCUGAGCCAAAUCAGGGUAAGAUAGCGGAGCCAAAUCAGGGUAAGAUAGCUGAGCCAAAUCAGGGUAAGAUAGCUGAGCCAAAUCAGGGUAAGAUAGCUGAGCCAAAUCAGGGUAAGAUAGCUGAGCCAAAUCAGGGUAAGAUAGCUGAGCCAAAUCAGGGUAAGAUAUCUGUCAAUAAAAUACUAUAGGGUCCUAACAAAUCAGGGUCAGAUAUCUGUCAAUAAAAUACAAUAGGGCCCCAACAAAUCAGGGUAAGAUAUCUGUCAAUAAAAUACCAUAGGGCCCUAACAAAUCAGGGUAAGAUAUCUGUCAAUAAAAUACCAUAGGGGCCUAAAAAAUCAGGGUAAGAUAUCUGUCAAUAAAAUACCAUAGGGCCCUAACAAAUCAGGGUAAGAUAUCUGUCAAUAAAAUACCAUAGGGCCCUAAAAAAUCAGGGUAAGAUAUCUGUCAAUAAAAUACCAUAGGGGCCUAAAAAUCAGGGUAAGAUAUCUGUCAAUAAAAUACCAUAGGGGCCUAAAAAAUCAGGGUAAGAUAUCUGUCAAUAAAAUACCAUAGGGCCCUAAAAAAUCAGGGUAAGAUAUCUGUCAGUAAAAUACCAUAGGGGCCUAAAAAAUCAGGGUAAGAUAUCUGUCAAUAAAAUACUAUAGGGGCCUAACAAAUGGGAGUAAAAAAAUUGUUUUCGGGAUGGGGGGGGGGUAGAAACGCCUUAUUUUAUGGAAAGCCAAUAUUGAUGUAAAAAACUAGGAGAGUCGAUUAGUCUAUCACUUCUGUAUAUAGACAGUACUGCUGUCAAACUUAUGAUUAAACAAGUAAUAAUUCUUGCAUCUGCUUCUCUCUCCCCCCCCCCCCCAAAAAAAAACAAACAAACAACAACAAACAAACAAACAAACAAAAAAAAAACACAAAAAACUCAACUUCCCAUAACCACACUCCACAGUGAGAUGCUAGAGCAGGCCCAGCGACUGGUGACGUUAUUGAAGGAGAGCAGCAAUGUUGAUUUCAACAAUGACUGGAAGGUCAUCACACUAUUCAUCGGCGGAAACGACCUUUGCGAUUGGUGUGACAAUAAGGUCAGUAGGAAUAGACUUUUUGUGAUCGGUGUGACCAUAAGGUCAGUAGAAUAGACUUUUUUGAUUGGUGUGAUAAUAAGGUCAGUAGGAAUAGACUUUUUGUGAUUGGUGGGACAAUAAGGUCAGUAGGAAUAGACUUUUUGUGAUUGGUGGGACAAGAAGGUCAGUAGUAAUAGACCUUUUGUGACUGGUGGGACAAUGAGGUCAGUAGAAAUAGACUUUUUUGAUUGGUGGGACAAUAAGGUCAGUAGGAAUAGUCUUUAUGUGAUUGGUGGGACAAUAAGGUCAGUAGAAAUAGUCUCUUUGUGAUUGGUGUGACAAUAUGGUCCGGAGCAAUAUUCUUUUUUUUUUGUGACUGGUAAAACACUGACUGAGAUCAGUAGGAAUAGUCUUACAUUUCAAGGCACUUAACUGGUCGUUGUUUGCUAAGGCCAAGGCUUGGCAGCAGAUUGGCACGCAUGUACACUCAGACCGGUUCAUGAUGGAAUGCGAAGACCGAUACAAGUACGAAUUUUCAGCCCUGGAUUUCACCAGUGUGUCUGCUUGUUUCAUUGCCCUUCUCGUUUACGUGGCUUGGAACUUGGAACCCAUGGCGCAGUUCCCUUGCCUCCAAUUUUAUCGAUCUUGCCCAUGUCAUCCAAGAUGGAGUCAACCAAGAGGGUGACACGUGCAGCCUUAGAGAGCAGAAGUUAAAUAGGACAACAUGACAAUGCCAAGUCACACCAGCUCCCAACUCUACAGCAAACUGUGCCACUAGCCAGUCCCCUGUGAAUAGCCCCUACCUCUACAUCGAACUGUGCCCACUAGCCAGUGCCAUGUGAAUAGCAUCCACCCCUACAACGUACUGUGCCCACUAGCCAGUGCCCUGUGAAUAGCCCCUACCUCUACAGCGUACUGUGCCCACUAGCCAGUGCCCUGUGGAUAGCUCCCAUCUCUACAGUGUACUGUGCUAACUAGCCAGUGCUCUGUGAAUAGCAUCCACCUCUACAGCGUACUGUGCCCACUAACCAGUGCCCUGUGAAUAGCCUCCAUGUCAGCAUCGAAAUCGACGCUGUUGUUCUGAGACAGACUGGGUAUGACCUGAGACAGACUGGGUAUGACCUGAGACAGACUAGGUAUGACCUGAGAUAGACUGGGUAUGACCUGAGACAGACUGGGUAUAUGACCUGAGACAGACUGGGUAUAUGACCUGAGACAGGCUGGGUAUAUGACCUGAGACAGACUGGGUAAUGACCUGAGACAGACUGGGUAUAUGACCUGAGACAGACUGGGUAUAUGACCUGACACAGCGGUCACACUCCCCUCACCUCCGUAACCUCUCUCUGACAGGAUGAGUACAGUGCCGAGAAGUACGCCGCUCACCUCCAAGACACACUGGACUACCUGCACGCCAGCGUCCCGCGCGCUUUUGUCAACUUGGUGGAGGUUCUCAAUUUGGAGAUGGUCAAGGACCUGGCCGACAACUUGCUCUGUGCAGCUGUGCAUUUGUAAGAAUCCCUGAUUUGUUAAAAUUUUAAUUCAUAUUUCAGGGCAUAUUGACCCUUACUUUUGAACCGUUGAGAACCACUGUUCAAGACGGAUAUUUGGUGUAGCUGCUGAAUAUGGUUAUUGAAACAGGACCGUGCGAAGGGUGAGAAGGUGAAGGGCGCAUCCACCCCCAGGUACCAUCCUUAGAGUGCGCUAUGGCCGCCAUGUUGCAUGCACCAUGUGUGGUGCAAGAAGCCCCUUUUCGGGAAGAGGGCGCCUAAAUUCAAGCUCUUCUUCGGGCGCAGCUUUUGGAUGGCACGGACCCAAGCGAAACGAGUUUGUUUCUCAAGAUUGCUGAAGCGUGUCCACACUUUGAGGAGUUUUUUUAAAAGACUUUUUGCUGUUAAAUGAUUUAUUUUGACAAAUAUUUAUAUGGGGUGUUGUGGAAUUAAUUUAAUCAACUGUUACACACCGCACAUUCAAUCAACUGCUACACCCCGCACAUUCCAUCAACUGCUACACCCCGCACAUCCCAUCAACUGCUACACACCACACAUUCCAUCAACUGCUACACACCGCACGUUCCAUCAACUGCUACACCCCGCACAUUUAAUCAACUGCUACACACCGCACAUUCCAUCAACUGCUACACACCGCACAUUCCAUCAACUGCUACACACCACACAUUCCAUCAACUGCUACACACCGCACAUUCCAUCAACUGCUACACACCACACAUUCCAUCAACUGCUACACACCGCACGUUCCAUCAACUGCUACACACCACACAUUCCAUCAACUGCUACACACCGCACAUUCCAUCAACUGCUACACACCACACAUUCCAUCAACUGCUACACACCACACAUUCCAUCAACUGCUACACACCGCACGUUCCAUCAACUGCUACACACCACACAUUCCAUUCCAGUUUCGUCUGCAACUGUGCCGCGAACCCUAAGAGCCAAGCAGACCUGGACGAGCUGAUACGCCUGCGAGAGGGUUACCAAAAAGCCGCACGUGACCUUGUGGCGACCGGACGCUACGACACCAACGAAGACUUUACCGUCGUCCUCCAGCCUUUCUACAGGGAGACGUUCACUCCCAGAACGGUAAGGUCAAGGUCACUCACAGCCCUUUCUAACGAGAGACGUUCACUCCCAGAACUUUAAGGUCAAGGUCACCCUCAUCAUUUCUACUGGGAGACGUUUACUCCCAGAACAUUAAGGUCAAGGUCACCCUAAGCCGUUCUGCAGGGAGACAUUCCCUCCCAGAACGGUAAGGUCAAGGUCACCCUUUCUGCAGGGAGACAUUCACUCCCAGAAUGGUAAGGUCAAGGUCACCCUUUCUGCAGGGAUACAUAAUUUACUUCCAGAACGGUUAGGUCAAGGUCACUCUCGGCCUUUAUUUUCGCAGACAACAUCAAUAAGAUGCGAAGAAAUCUGUGAUGGUCUUUGUAGAUAACAUGUAUGGGAUAUCUAUGUCAUGAAAUCAUGUAGUUAGUGUAAUACAGUGAAUUGCAUUUUGUUUUCUUACCUCUGACACAUGUUCACUCUUGCGUGACGACACAGACCAAUGGUCAACCGGAUAUGUCCUUCUUUGCCAGCGACUGCUUCCAUCACAGCAAGAAGGGUCAACAGGCGGCAGCUGAAGCCCUUUGGAAUAACAUGGUGGGUGGAAACGUGCUUCGUGUGUAGAUAUGUUCAUUGUGCAGAUGUGUUCAUUGUGUAGAUGUGUUCAUUGUGCAGAUGUGUUCAUUGUGCAGAUGUGUUCAGUACGUAGAUGUGUUCAGGGUUUAGAUAUGUUCAGUGUGUAGAUAUGUUCAUUGUGUAGAUGUGUUCAUUGUGUAGAUGUGUUCAUUGUGUAGAUGUGUUCAUUGUACAGAUGUGUUCAUUGUGCAGAUGUGUUCAUUGUGCAGAUGUGUUCAUUGUGCAGAUGUGUUCAGUACGUAGAUGUGUUCAUUGUGCAGAUGUGUUCAGUGUGUAGAUGUGUUCAUUAAAAUAAAUGUGUUCAUUGUAUAUAUGUGUUCAUUGUGUAGAUGUGUUCAUUGUGUAGAUGUGUUCAUUGUGUAGAUGUGUUCAUUGUGUAGAUGUGUUCAUUGUGUAGUUACCACUGAAAUAGCUGAAACAAAACUAUAUGUUAUCACUAUGUUGACACAAGCAUAGAGAGUAGUAACAUCACGUUGUUUGUUCAUUGAGCUGUUACCACGCGAGCAGAUCAAACAACAGAAUCAAUAUACCGGUACUAAGUAAAUUAGAGAGACCGGCUGAGAUGAUCAUUAUAUUUAUGCAGCUUGUAUAUGCACUCUCAAACAACUACGCGAGACAGCUGUAAUGUAGAGUAGUUGCAACGUAAGGAAGUUGAAAUAUAGAACAGAUGUAAUGUAGAACAGGUGUAAUAUAAAACAUGUUUAAGGUAGAACAGUUGUAAUGUAGCACAACUGGUUUUUUUUGUGGGGGGGGGGGGGGCAUUGGAGUGGAAGAAAAACAAACAAUUAAAAACAGCUGUUUUGCAGCACAGCUGUGACGUAGAACCGCUGUAAUGUAGUACUACAGUAGUGCUGAACAGCCACAUUUCUCUUAUGUCCACACUGCAUGUCUAUUCCAUUGCUCACUCCCCCAGGUCGAACCAGUCGGGUCGAAACGUCUCAACUGGAUGCCUGGUGAACCUAUCGAAUGUCCCUCCGAGGUAAGUGAACGCCUUCAGGCCCACAUUACACACAUAACGUGGUGGGCCAAUGCCCAGGGUCCCCAGACUUAAGAGGUUUCCGCACAGCCGCAUCUGCUGGGUUCACAGUCAAUCGUGUAGACGCGGGGCCUUUUGGGAAAUGGUUUUCAUGGCCCCAACAGGGGUCUACCUGGUCCUGGAUGCAGUGGUCCUGGAUACAGUGGUCCUGGAUACAGUGGUCCUGGAUACAGUGGUCCUGGAUACAGUGGUCCUGGAUACAGUGGUCCUGGAUACAGUGGUUCUGGAUACAGUGGUCCUGGAUGCAGUGGUCCUGGAUACAGUGGUCCUGGAUACAGUGGUCCUGGAUACAGUGGUCCUGGAUACAGUGGACUUAAGUUAUUUGAUUUGUGAUCUAAGACAUUUGAAAUCUUAACGGAUCGUGUACAACUAAGUCUAGAUACAGAAACGAAAAACGGUGCAACUGGGUGGGGGGUGGGGGGGGAGUGGGUGUGUGCUAGAAGAGGUAGAGAAGGGUGUACAGUGGUCCUGGAUACAGUGGUCCUGGAUACAGUGGUCCUGGAUACAGUGGACUUAAGUUAUUUGAUUUGUGAUCUAAGACAUUUGAAAUCUUAACGGAUCGUGUACAACUAAGUCUUGAUACAGAAACGAAAAACGGUGCACCUGGGUGGGGGGUGGGGUGGGAGUGGGUGUGUGCUAGAAGAGUUAGAGAAGGGUGACUAAGUGGAGUUAGUGAAAAUGUGUACAAUGAAAUGUGGAUGUAUACGUUGAUGGAGUGUGUUGAGGCUAAUUUAAAUCUAUAAGAAAACCUGCAGCGUGUGGACUGAAUGUUUCGAGGGAAAAACAACAACUGACAGGCUGCCAUUAUUAUUAUUAUUCAUUUUUGUUCACAGGAGAAACCGUACUUCUUCACUGCAAAGAACAGCAACCAGAGAGCCAAGCCCCCGCCAAUCCACUGAGAUAUGACGAGUAGCAGCCCUUUGUUGUUUUCAUUUUUUGUUGGCGUUGAUAUUACUCAAAUUAGUUUAAAUAAAAUUUAAAAAAAUUCAAUGUCAGGUUUUAUUUGGUUAAAAAUAGUAUUAAUGAACUCUUCUUGACCCCCCAAGCCCACAUCUCCCUGAAAUGAACUUUUCUUGACCCCCCAAGCCCACAUCUCCCUGAAAUGAACUCUUCUUGACCCCCAAGCCCACAUCUCUCUGAAAUGAACUCUUCUUUACCCCCAAGCCCCCCAUCUCCCUGAAAUGAACUCUUCUUGACCCCCAAGCCCCCAUCUCCCUGAAAUGAACUCUUCUUGACCCCCAAGCCCCCAUCUCCCUGAAUCCCCCAUCUCCCUCAAAUCGACUCUUCUUGACCCCCCAGCCCCCCAACUCCCCGAAAUGAACUCUUCUUGACCCCCAAGCCCCGCAUCUCCCUGAAAUGAACUCUUCUUGACCCCCAAGCCCCCAUCUCCCUGAAAAAAGUUUUGAAAAUACAAAUAUAACAAAAUAAAACUCGCCAUUGUAGAAAAAUACGGGUAGCCAAGCUCAAACGGAUGACCACAGUGGAUGUGUUACAUCAACGGAUGACCACAGUGGAUGUGUUACAUCAACGGAUGACCACAGUGGAUGUGUUACAUAUUGUAGUGUUUAAUGUCUUGCUGAUAAAUGCAGGGCAAAAUCUUGUUAUCUAUGCUGUCGAUGUUAGUGACAGUAUGUUGUUACACAUCUUUGUUGUCUAUGUUAUUUUUUUAUUGACAUUAUGUUGUCUAUGUUAUCUAUGUUUUGACAUUAUGUUGUUACAUAUCAAUGUUAUCUAUGUUAUUGACAUUAUUCAUUCAAUGAAUACGUGGAUGUUUUUGGUUAAAAUGAUGGAUUAGAAUAAAAUAAAAUAUUUUA